AUGAAUAGAUACUCUUUGAAUGUUUAUCAAGUAGUUUGCUUGGUUAUUGGUUUGUGUUGUGUCUGGUGUAGUUCUGGUGAGGAUUCAGAUGAGAGAGUGCUGAUUGAUAGUGUUAACCCAAUCAAGUUAGAUAGCGAUGCAAAUGAGAAUCUGUUAAAUGGCGAUGUUCAAAGAAACAGGUUAGAUAGAGAUAAUCAAAAACCAUUGGAGUGUAUUGAAAUAAGCAAAGCAAUGGGCGAGUUGGAAAUCUUAAAGAAUAAUCAAACAAAGCGAAUAUAUCUAAUAAAGCAGCGCCAACAGAACCUCGAGGAAGAAAAACAAGAGGCUUUUGAGAACAUGAACUCAACCCAAAGUGAUUACAGCUCCUCUGGCAAACCAAUAGAGAGACUCGCCCAGAAGGAGGUUUAUGUGCUAUCUCUACUAGUCAAAGAAAAGCUGAUACAAGAAAGUGUUGAUAUAAUUAUCCUGCAACUAAAAGAAUGGUCAAGUACAUACACAGUGGGUGAGGACUUAACCGGCUUACAUAAUAUAGUAAAGCAGGUAAACCGACUAAACGAAAUUAAAAGUAACCUAACGGACCUAGAAAACCAAUCUCAACCAACCCAAUUCGAGUCAUUAGAACAAUCCCUGGAAACAGAAAGAACCACAAUUGAAACUCGUCUAAUUGAAAUAGGCCAGUGUUGCGGUUUCAAUGAAUUAACAGAACGAUUCAAAGCAAUCAUAGUAACAGAACUAGAAAAGAUGCUGGAGCAGAGAGAUACCACAAUGCUAACUGAACUCUUCCAAAAACCAGAAAUUGAACUAGAGACAAUGUUAUCUAAAUUUGAUAUAACAUUGUCUUUAGCUGAUAUGACAAUGUCAAAGGGCUUAAAAGCAAUUAUAAGCAGUAUAGACCCAGAGAUAAAUGAUUUGUUGAGGAAUGAUAAACUCACAGGUAUCGAUCAAAUAUGGGGGAAAGUAUACAACAAACUAGAUAAGGUGAUUAAAAUGAAUGCUAUGCCGGUCGGGGAGAGACUAUUAUAUGCUACGAAACAAGUUCUAAGACGACAACUAUUAGGCUACCUCAGAUACAUCACCCUCGCAGGCUUUGGCAGAAUGUAUUCCGACUUAAAUGGAUCAUAUACCAACAGUAAGUUCCACCCUUCUGCACCGGCCCCAGCUUCCGAUUAUUACACAUGUAAAUGCGGCUUUCCUCAUAAUACUCAGUCUGCCGGUCUGAAAUCAAAUGAAUUAUCCAAGACGCCAUUGCUUGACAUCACUGAGGCCAGUCCGUCCAAUUUGAAUCAAAAAGAUAGUAAGAUCAAUUUAGACUCAGAGCAACAAACCCUUCUUGAGGAGUUUUUAAGUGAAAGCUCUAUUUGUUGGGCAUUGUUUGAUCUCGACAAUGUUGAUAAUUCCAAACUGCAUGUUCUAUCUAACACUACCACGCUACAAUUUAGAGAUGGGAUUGAUUUCUCGCUUGCUUGGGAAGAAGACCGAUUGAAGACCUUGCUACAUAUCUUAAAUAAGCUCAGUAAAAUUGAACUCAAUGCCAACAAAGUCAAUCUACGCGAUAUUCGCAAUCCUACUGCUUUACUAGUCGCAUCUCAACUUCUAAAACUGUUCGAGAAAUCAAGGCUGAACGCCAACCAGGGCCCUAUUACUAUCUGUAUGUGUUUAGAUUUAUACUCUCCAUCGAGUUCUUUAGCCGAGCAGCCAUUCAACGGUGUUGCCCAACAAGAACAAUUCCGAAGUGAAAUCGAAAGUAUCGAAGAGUCUCGAUACAUCCUUGAGCUGCAAAUCAAAAAUCUCACAUCAGAUAUGCAGAAACUCAUUUGGCCGCUAGCAACACAUUUAUCAGUACUCCAUAUGGACAUAGACUGCUCCUUGGUUGAUGAGACAAACUUUCUCGAUGAUGUCAACUGGAGAGACCAGUUCACUCUCACAAUAGGUAUGUCUUGCCAUAAUGGUGUCAUUGUUAACUUAGGAACCAGAACUGCGAAAGGCAAAGAUCUUCCAAUUUGUAAACACCUAACUAUCACUAGUGACUUUUCAUAUGAGUAUGAAGAUUCAUGGGAUGAUGUUGUUUAUCCGAAGGUUUAUGUCGUAAACCUUGAUGGAUAUCUACAACCUAAAUCUUUUGAUACGGCAGACCAAGUCUUAACUACAGAAGUAACCUUGUCCAUUGAAGUUUUGGUAUCCUAUGCCAUCUUUGGCCCUAACCAGUCAAUGUAUAUCUCGAAUCUGCUUAUAAAGAAUACUCCGGAGCACUACAACAUGAAUGACAUUACCACUCUUAGUAAUAAAUUAAUUGGGUUUUACCGUACCUUUAUUGAACAGAACCAACAAGCACUUAGCCCCAGUUUACCUACUGAGCCACGCACCAAUAUUAGCACAGUCGAGUUCUUUAUCAUAGCAGAAUCAGUGGAACUGUGUGAGGAGCAUUGGAAUAAUACACUUUGCUCGAGUGAGAUUUCAGAAAUCUUCUCUAACCUAAUAGUCCUAAAAUCCGAUUAUAAACAAGCAUCUAAUCCUCUACUAAACCCAACACAGCCACCAACCCAAUCUGAAUCUCAACAGUAA